GCGGCGUUCAAAAGGAAACCGGAAGUAAUAGCUUGUAGAUGGAACGUAAUAUUUUUUUAAAAAACCAAUAUUUGAUUGGUAUGAGUUAGGAGAAGUCGAAACUGGCGUAUUUGUUUUUGGAGCGGCCUCUGUUAUGCGAUUUAGAGCUAAGAUCGUGGACAUUGGAUGCCUCAACCAUUUCACUCGUGUGGUGAACACGAUUUCCAAGCUAGCCAAGACCUGUAUGUUGCGCCUUACAGUAGACAAAAUUUACUUCAUCCUCAGUGACAAAGUGGGAAAUGGAGGUGUUAGCAUGUGGUGCGAGCUCAGCCAGGGGAAUGUGUUUGAUGAGUUCCAGGUGGAGGGAGUAGCUGUAGCCGACAAUGAAAUUUAUUUAGAGCUGACACCUGAAAACUUCUCCAGGGCUUUAAAAACUGCACAGAAUGCCAAGGCAGUGAAAAUCAAGUUGACUAAUAAGCACUGUCCCUGCCUCACAGUAGCCAUAGAACUGCCUUCCUUGUCAAGCAGUAGCCGCAUUGUGACUCACGACAUUCCUGUGGGUGUUAUCCCAAGAAAGCUGUGGAAUGACUUCAGAGAGCCCAGGGUGCCAGACUUUGAUGUCAGCAUUUAUUUACCAGUGCUGAAGACCAUGAAGAGUGUUGUGGAAAGAAUGAAAAACCUCAGCAAUUCUAUAGUAAUAGAAGCAAAUCUAAAUGGAGAAAUGAACUUGAAAAUAGAAACGGAUCUAGUGUGUGUUACAACUCACUUUAAAGAACUUGGGAAUCCUCCCUGGGUAUCUGAGAAUGUCUCCCAAAACUCUACUCAAGAAAGAGAUCCUGAGAACAUGGCAGAGGCACGCAUCGACAUUAAGAGACUUCUCCAGUUACUUGCAGGACAGCAAGUGAAUCCCACAAAAACACUGUGUAAUAUUGUAAGCAAAAGGAUUGUUCACUUCGUCUUGCUCCACGAAGAUGUUACUCUGCAAUAUUUCAUUCCAGCCCUUGCAUGAAUUGAAUAAUGGUCCCAUCUCACCUGUUUUCCAUGCCAUGGUAUCUUCUCAAGAUGCUGAACCAGGCACAGAAAGACAGAGAAAGAGAUGUGCUUGCUAUAUCUGUUUAAGCUUGCUUUGUAACCAAUUUCUAUGUCAAGCAGUAUAUAUUUAAUACCUUAUUUUAUGGUAAAUAGAAUAAGCAAAAGUCUGUGGUUUUAUUCAACAAUAUAUUUUAUUAAAGAAACAAUCCUUUAGGCCUUUAGUCAUUCUGUUGUUCCAUGCAGCAAAAUAACUGGUUCUUUUUUCUAAAAUGUUAUUUUCCUGGAAAGACUCUGGAGUCAGCCACGAUGGGUUAAAUGAUGUCCCAUUAACCUGGACAAAAAACUUUGUUGCUGAAUCUGCAUGCCCUUCCAGGAGCUCUCCAGUUUCAUUUUCCUGUCUAGACUAGUUAGAUGUCCUUCUUUCUUCUCCGUCUUUGCCUUGACCUUGGGUCUCCCGAGCUCCUCAGACCUUCUGUGUUUUCUUCAUUUUCCACUGCUCAGCUCUUGGGGGGUGGGAUGGGGGAGUCCUUGCUGGACUCUUUCCCUCCCAAACCCUUCUCUUAUAGCACUGAGAGCCUUUUCAGCAGCUAGAUGAUAAAGGCUUGGGGCAGCAGAUCCAGACCAUGGUGCCUCAGGCUCCCAGUCCCCAUGCAAGGACAAGGACAAAACUAAAAACACCAUAGUUGCUGAAAUGGUUCCUAUUGCAAAGUAAAUGAGCACAGCGUCCACAGUGAUUAUGGAGCCUAUUCAGCACCCUGCAGUUGCACCAACUGUGGAAAUGGAAGAAUCUUGCCCUGAAGGGAAACCAGGAAUCUGGGUUGAUGUUGGGAGAUGUUCCAAUAGAAAUCCAGACUCUUUUCUCCCUGCCUCCUUCCACCAUUGAAGAGAGAUCCUUCUCCUCAGAAAUGGAGAGUGUUACCAGCUAUGACGAGCAGAGCCCCUCAGAGACCAGUGUAAGUCCUGUUUGGAAAAUGGAAAUGGACUGCCUUCAAGUCAAUUCUGACUUAUGGCAACCCUAUGAAGAGGGUUUUCAUGGUAAGAGGUAUUCAGAGGGGGUUUACCAUUGCCUUCCUCUGAGGCUGAGAGGCAGUGAUCGGCCCAAGGUCACCCAGUGAGCUUCAUGGCUGUGUGGGGAUUCAAACCCUGAUCUCCCAGGUCUUAGUCCAACACUCUAACCACUACACUGGCUCUCAAGUCCAGUUUACAAUCCUUUAUUAAACAUGGUCUUUUAUCCUGAGCAACAUGAGUGACUGCCAGCACUACUCUCCUCAGCUAGGAGAUCCCUAUCAUCAGGCAUCUUAAGAAAUGCAUCCUCAAGUUUCUGAAUGAUGGGGAUCCCAACACAGGCAAGACCUUAAGAAACCAGAGAUCCAGGCUGAGGAAUGGCAUAAGAGUGCAGCUAGAGCCAUUAUUACAGGAUAAAGUGUACAAGUUGGCCACCAUAUGCAACCCAUGGGUGAAAGAUGGGAUUUGCAGUGAGCAGAAAAGGAGGAAAUGGCACAAUCUCCUGGUGUGUGAAGUGAUGGGGCUUGGGCCAAGAGGCAGGGGUGAUGAAGGGGGGAGAGCAGGGUGAGGGACCCAGCACCAGCAGCACUACAAAGAGGAGGGAGUGCUUCUGGGACACAGCUUUGGAGGGAGUCUCAAAACAUAUCAGCUGAUUCAGCUGCCAUGACAUCACUGAAAUGGUGGUGUCACGUUACCUGGCAGAGACUGCAGAAGAUAGUGGCAUUUAUCCCCUGGCUUUCUGGUCAGUACACAGCCGGGUCUGGCCCAAUCUGUCCUUUGUUGCCUGGCAAGGCUUGCUCACCAACCAGUGUCCCAAAUGAGAGGGUCUUUUCUAUGACAGGCAUCAUAGUAACCCUUCCCCACAGCAGCUUGAACACUGAGUUGGUGGAACAGUUAGUCUUUCCUAAGGUUAACCUCCUGCUUUUGGGAUACCCUAACCUGCCUGUCUGUUAGGUACCUGCCUGCCCAGUCUACCACUACUGUACUCACUCACACGCUGGAGCCACUCUUUAACCCUAAAUGGAAUAAUAUUUAUUUUUUUAAAAAUGUAAAAGUACUGCCUUCAAGUUGAUUCCGACUUAUGGAGACCCUAUGAAUAGGGUUUUCAUGAGGCUGAGAGGCAGUGACUGGCCCAAGGUCACCCAGUGAGCUUCAUGGCUAUGUGAGGAUUCGAACCCUGGUCUCCCAGGUUGUAGUCCAACAACUUAACCACUACACCACACUGGCUCUCUAAAUACUUAUUUAUCCACCUCUAUUUAGUAUUUAUUUAUUUAUGAAAUAACUUAUUAAAAUAUAAAAUUAAAUUUAUUAAAUAUUUAUUAAAUAUUUAUUUAUUGAAGAGAAUAACAGUGUAUAUGCAAGCAAGAACAUAAGGAGUACAUAGCAACUACAUUUGCCCAUGCCACCUUGCAUAUUGUUGGGUGUUAUGGGGACUAAAAUGAAGCUUGAUUAUUAUAUCUAUAAACAAAAUUAUAGCCUCAACCCACGUCUCUUUGUCUGGCUUGAUAUUGUUAGGGUUGUCUUUGUUUAUGUCUCUGUUUAAUCUUCUUUCUCUUUUCUAAACUUAUUGUGUUAGUUUGUCCAUUACUGCAAGCUCAAUACAUUUCUUUAACCAUUCAUUAAGAGAAGGUGAUUGUGCUGCUUUUUGGCUCCUGGCCCAUACUACUUUAGCAGCUACUAUCAUGAUGGAUACUGAGAAUCUUAAUCCAGAUGGAAUCUCCUCUGGGAUAAUCUGAAAAAUAAUCAACAUCAAAGCAGAUCUCAGUGGGCAAUCAAUUAUACUAGAUAUAUUUUGAACUAUCUGAUUCUAAAAACCGUGAGGCACUUUCACCACAUGUGUAUAAGGUUUGUGUUUAAUGUCUGGUACUUCCAGCACUUAAAGCAUUUUAACAGAAUAAAUUUUAUUCAGCCUCUCUGAGGUUGAGUACCACCUUAAUAUGAGCAUAUAUUGAAUUUCAUGGAUGGAUAAAGAGUUCCUGUCUACCAACCCCCAGAUCCUUGCCCACAGACCCUCCAAGAUUGUACAACCAAUAUCUCUUUUCCACCUCCUAGAUAUAACGUCCAUUGCUCUUAUAUAACUUUCAGAUAACCAAACUUCUUUUCCAAUGAUGUUCUCCCACAUCGUCUGUUGUCUUAAACAAUACUGGGUUCCAGAAUAUUCAGUAAAAAAUAUCUGUAUUUGAAGAUACUGCAGCCAAGGGGGUGACCAUCCUGCUGUUUUCAAAGCAAUCUCUUGCCUUGCCAAAAUCCUGCCUUGCCUUAUAUGAUCCCCAAACCUUGAUAACUCCUUUUUCUUCCCAAACAUGGAACUCAAUAGAGUGAUUCCUUUGUAGUAUUUGUUGUUGUUGUUGUUGUUAAUAUUAAUAAUAAUAAUUGUCUUAUUUCUGAAGUCCAGUGCAGUAUACAGUUUCUCUGUGUCUAUCCCAUGUUCUCAGUAAUUGCUGUAAAACUAAUGACUGAAUGGACAGGAAAGCUCUUUGCCUCUUAGUACAGCAUAACAAAGAAUCUAGAGGUGUUGCCACAUAUUGCUGUUCAAAAUCAGCUUUAUUCUACUUAGAGAUGACCAGAGAUACAGUAAGGAGAUUUGGGCUGCCUCAUAAUACUGCCACAAAUUUGGGAGCACAAAUCCACCAUAUGUUUGUUUUUUUAAGGCUUGCAUGAUAUUUAUGUCUAUCCUAGGCCACACCAUGUCAGACAAACCUGUUCAGCUCCUGGCAGCUUUUCACCUCCCUAAAAUCUAACCGCAAAUAGAUUUUGCUGGUAGAACAGCAAAUAGAAAGAUAUCUUAGAUUUAUAAUCAUUCUAAUUGCAUUUAUUCUCAUUAGCUAGGAUAAUCUCAGCCGUCUCCAUUUUAUGAGAUCGUUUUUGACUACUUGAAUUAUUUAUUUAUUGAAUUUCUUAGUCACACAUCUGGCUGCCUAUCCAGCCACUCUGGGUGACGUACAAAAUAGGCAUACAAAUAUAAUAGACAUUAAAAAUCUGAAAACAAUGAUGAUAAAAUGGCAUCAGAAUUGAUCUUAGCUGAGCUCCUGCUGGGAGGAAGGGCUGGAUAUAAAUAAAAUAAUAAAUAAAUAAAUAUGUUCUUUACAUACUGUAAGAGUUUGACUCCUAAAUAUUUAACUGUUCUGUUAAGAGUCUGCCAAAUGGAUGUAUAAUGUAUUGCUUCUCAUUUUCAUCCUUUAUUGUUAAAACAUGUCUUUUGCUUGAUAUACUGAGAUUUUACCAAAAGAUUUGAUUGUGCUCAAUAUUAGGAGUUGAGACAGCCAAGGGUAAGUUAUAGAAAUCAUAACAUAAUCAGCAUAAUGUGGUUUUAAUUUGUGUUUGUCCUGCUUUUACACUUUUAAUUCUAGGUUCCCCCCCUUGUUGCACUAGCCAGCGGCUCUAUCACAAGAGCAAAUAAGAGUGGGAACAGAGAACAACCCUAGUGGGUUCCUCGGCACAAAUUAAGCUUACUGGUGAGAUGUCUGUUGACUAAAAAUUUUACGAUAGAAUUUGAGUAAAUUCUCUUAUAUAAUUAAUGAGGUUAUGGGAGAUAUCAAAAGCUUUCAUAACUUCAAAGAGAUAGAAUCACUCCACUCUGUCAAAUGCUUUUGUUGCAUCAGAGAAUAGAAGUGCUGUUGGCUCCCCACUUGUUUGAGCUGUAUCACUUUUGUUAAUUGCUUUCCUGAUAUUGACGUAAACCUGUCUACCUCUUGUAAAUCCAAAUUGGUCUGGUAUGAUAUAUUAACCACAGUUAAUCUU